GCUCUAUUGCUCAGCCUUGUGUCAACAUUCCCAGUGGUUUUGAUCAUUAGUCCAAUAUGCCCCGACGUUAUCUUCGGAAAUACCGAUAUAAUGUUUGUGGAUUGCUGCUCGUACCAUGCUGUCCCUUCUGUUUACCCCGGCAUCAACACUCCCCACGGGGGGAUAGUCAUAUUUUAGACGGAUUUCCUGCCAAUCACUGAAACUCUCCUUGAGCUGAAAUCUGUAUUAGCUAUGGCCCGUGAAUUUAUGAUACCAUUGAUGGCAUAGAGCUUUAUAGCCAACAGUAUUUUGAGUUCGCCGACGAAAAUCCCACCACAGUUUUCUCCUAGGGUCUGACUCUACUCCCACUCAUUUCGCGAUUUUGAGAAUGAUGUUGUAUCACAAAUAUCAUCGAGACUCGGUGUUUCCGAGAUGAUAGGGGGUACGCCAGCUCGAAAACAUGAUGCACCAUCACCUAACCAGGUAUAAAUAGCAUUUCCAUAACGUCCCGUCGCUUCGACUUUACAUUUUCUUAUAUACAAAUAUUUGCAUGCCAUUGUUCUUCAUUCGUGAGUGGAAUAAAACGCCAUAGCUCUUCACUCGAGUGAGACAGUUUCGAUUAAAGGCGCCACCUUGCUUCAAAUGAGAACCUUAGAAUGCUAAAACUUCUAUUGCUCUAGAAGUCUCAAUUUACGGAAUCUUUAAGCAUCUUCAACCUCAGUUCAUACAUAUAGCUCUAGCUAGAACCAAGCAGAAGGGGCUUCGGGUCGAAACUCUCUAAAGACCAUAUUUGCCAACAUGGCUCCAUCAGCAAUACACAACGGGCCCCUAUCUCCUCUUAAACAGCGACAGCUUUCUAAUGGACAUCACUUCACAAAGUUAAAUGGCUAUCAAGACCAUAUGCCAUCACCAAGCUUUGACCAACGCAGCAUGACGGGGAGCGAUUAUUUUCAAACAACUCUACUUCAGGACGCAAUCCAAAAGGUUAUCAAAAUGUAUCGAUCUGAGCUCGGACAAAGCUCCGAGAAGUUUCUUCAGAGCUGCAAAUCCAUAGAAGGCUUCUUUGACUAUGUGGCUACUAUUCGAUUAUCACAGAUGCCGCAUCAUGGUAGCCGCUGGGAUAAGAUAUUGAAAUGGGCAGAGUUCUUUACGGGUCAGUUUUCUACAUACAGUGAAGAGGUCUCCUCGUUCACAGCACAGAGCGAGCAAGCAACGAACAUCAUAUAUGCAAGCUGUAAAAUAUUGUUGGAGGUUUGUCUUAACAUUCUUCACAUUUAAAAAAGCAAGGUACUGAUCAUUUGUGUUCAGAUGGGCCCAAAAUUCGUUCCUGUUCUUGAAAAGAUAUUUGGCGUGCUUUACAAUUGCAGUCUCACACUUAGCUUCCUCGUGCGUCACCAUGAGCUUCUACAUACAGUUGAAGAGCUACAAACUGUAUUGGUGGCUUGUUACGCAGACCUACUGAAACUUGUAACUGGUGUCACGAUACAUUACACCAGACGACAACAUGGUGAGCUCUUCUCUAGUAUCCAAAACUAUAUAGGACUAAUUGAGCAAGUAGACUCGAAUUUCAGUAUUCGUACCUUCGAAGAAAUGUUUGGCCAAAGCAUCGAUGAAUUCUUUAUGCACAGCGAUCGUUUUGUAGAUAAGAUCUGGUCAACUAGACUCGAACGCUUAGCCGAGCCUGGUGGUAAGCUGGACCUAAAAAAUGUUUGAACUCAUUACUGAAAAUUCCUAAUUAGACGAUUCUGUGGAAGCUGUGAGGAAGUUUUUGACCCCGCACGAUCGAGUUACACGAAUCCUUGCAACUAAGCGCCGUACCCAUGGAGCAAGAGCUGAUUUCACAUGUGAAUGGUUUGAUAGACCCUUGGGAGAAUUUCUGCGAAGUGGGAAGAAUCUUUUUAUGGUAACUGGAUCAUCUGGCUCAGGGAAGUCCCUGCUUUCCGAGUGGGUUGUUGAAAGACUCCAAGCCUUCAAAGGUCGCCGAGCGACUGAGGUGAUUCGUUAUACCAUUGGUAUGUGCUUUCAUGUCUUUUGGGCUGAAGAUUACUAACGCCUUCUAGAUGGAGCCUUGAAGACAGAGUUGUCGACUCUCAGCAUCGUCAAAGGGCUCCUGCUACAAAUGCUCCAGCUCAGUGCUGGUGACAAAGCUUUGUAUAAGGAAUUGCUUCACGCAUAUGAGUUGCAUACCCAAGGAGAUUCGAACACCAAAGUUGAGGACUCGCUGUGGGCUGCCUUAGGUCAGAGUCUUCGAACGGAUCGUGGCCAGACAGUUGUUAUUGAUGGUUUUGACCAAGUCUAUGGCGGCGAAAGUAACGGAUUCGUCCUACUGGAUAGAUUGAGGACUAUUGUUUCCAAACAUCAUAACACUAAAUGCAUCAUAUUCUCUCGACCCCUCACCAAACCGAUUCCAGGAGACUGUUUUCAACUUUCAAUCGGCGCUCAGCAUACAACUCAAGAUUUGCAAUACUUCAUUGAGUCGCUUCUAUUCUCAACAAUGAGCCUGAGUCAGAGGGAAUCUUCUUUGCUUACGGCGAAGCUUUUGCAGGCAGCCAAUGGUUCAUAUGUAUGGACUCAAAAUGCAGUCGAGAUUCUCAAGAAAGAACAGACACCAGAGUCCAUAAUUAAACGUUUGGAUACUCUCCCCAAGGAUCUAGGGCAGUUGCUCGACAUCAUUGUGUCCUCCAUUGAUCUCAGGGACGGAGACACAAAAUCCAUCCUUGCUUGGCUUCUGGCAAGCGAGCGUCCUUUGCUCAUCAGUGAAGUCAAACAACUACUCGAGAUUGAUACUGGAUCUUUUCAACAUGUCCAGAGAGCAACCCGCAUUGAAGAUGAUAUCACCACUGCCAUUGGGCCAUUAAUUAAAAUGGAUGAUGGCUUUGUCCGAUUCUCUCAUGAUCUUGUGAAGCAAAAUAUCACUCAAAGAUCAAUGUCGAUUGUAGAUUUCAAGAACACUGGCGCCUUUCCCUUUCACAUCAAAGAAGCCCAUUAUGACUUGGCACUGAGAUCGUUGGCUUAUGUUAAAGCCACUCUAACCAGGCGCUCGGCUCAAUUAACGUUUACUAACAUGUCCGAAGAGGAUUUGGAUGAGUUAUUUCAAAAAUACGAAUUCAUUCAAUAUGCUUCCAGAUAUUGGAUAGUGCACUUCGCUACAUCCCCAAUGAAUGAAGGAACCCAGCAAAAGCUUACACCUGCGUUUAAAACCUGCUUUGCCGAUUCCGUCCUUAUGUCAUUGUUCGAAGGAUCCUGCUGGGAAUACCAAUUUCCACUUCAAGACGCUCUAAGUAAAUUGCAGUUGGCUUUAUCCAUACGAAAAUUGGUGCUUGGUGAAACUUCAGCGUCUGUACUUCAAACUUUACUCAAUAUUGCGCGGUUGGGCCACAUUGGUACUUCUUCAAACGUGGAACAUUACUAUGAUGCAUGGAAGUUAGCGGAAGCUCUUCAUGUUUCAUCAAUUGCCUUCAAGUGUGCCCAACAAUACAUCGAAAGAACAUCUUCAAUUACUAUUACCAAGAUGUCUGAGGUUCUUGUACGGAAAACCGAGCUUCUCGAAUACAUCAUCAAGGUGCAGAGAUCCACCGAUUCAGUGAGCCAAGAAACCAUAACAUAUGCGGAGUCUCUUAUUCAGAUUUACGUUUCUACCCAUGAGACAUCCAAGGUCUCUGAAUGGCAAAAGUACGCAUACGAGUUGAAUGUAACCGUUUAUGGAAAAUCAGCAUCGCAGACUAUCAAAUCGUGGGAGAUCAUUUCAAGGAGCUCGACUGAAAUUACCAAGAUGGAGCAGCAUACCAGUACUCUAGAACAAGAAUACGAAAUCAGUGUUCGAAAAAUGAGUGCAGCUGAUUCAAAACGGCUCGAAUUAUCAUGGGCCAUGAUUGAAAAGUACGAGAAGGAGAAAAACACCGUCAAAACGGAGGAGAUACUGAUCAAUCUUUGGCAAAGCUUGACAAGUUUGACACACAUUUAUGACGUCUCCAUUCAAGAGAAGAAGAUUGAAGUCGCUCUCCGCUAUGUCGAAUUCCUAAGACGGGAACAGAGAAUAGUUGAAGCAGAGAUUAUACUUCGAGGUAUCCACAUUGAUCUCGAACAUAUUGACAUUCAAUCUACUACUUUGAUCAAGCAUACGAAAUUGGUAGGUGAUCAGUUACAAAGUAUUGGGUCGGUUGCAGCAGCUCGUCUGGUUUUUAGUAAUCUCUGGGAAUACUACGUCAGGACCGGCAGGCAGGAAUCAACGGAGGCCAAAUCUGUCUCUAAAAGCCUAACCCAGAUCAGUGAGACAAAGAUUGAAGAGACCACAUGGGAUGUCACCACCGUUCGUGAAGUGUUUGAAAGAACUAUUGUCAAUAAAACCACUAAGACGAUUGAUACUACCACGAUACGCCAAGCUACGUCCUUAUGCUCAACUUACUACUUAGAGCAGCGAUGGUCUGAGAUAACUCAGGUGACGAAUUCGACUUUGCUUCGAAUUUGGCCAUCAUUCUCAGGUACCAACUUCAAUGUAUCUCUACCAACCAAUUUCACUGCGGAGACCCUGGACUUGCUCAAUCGGCUAGCCUUCGCACACUUCAAGCUACGCCAGCUCGAUUUAGUAGAGGUUACCUAUCGCAAGAUUUUCUACGCUGUCAUAGCCACUACAGAGACCUCGGAUGAACUCUUGGAAUCGGCAUCUAAGAAACUAAUCAAUUUUUACGAGUCACAUUCUAUGACUGCCAAACUCAUCAUUAUUUAUCGGGAUCUACACCAUGAAAUCGAAAAGAGACAUGGUAAGACACAUACAUGGACGAUCAAGACUUUGUAUCUGUUGGGUGAUUUAAGCAUGCAAAUCUACAAUAUCACAGAGGCCGAAACUGCCUAUCGCACCAUACAUGUCAACUUGGGCAAUGGUAACACGGAAAUCUGUCAUAAAGAUGCGCUUCGGGCGGCUUUGGCACUCUGCGUUAUCUAUGAGCAACAACGCCAGUAUGUGCUUGCUCAAAAGAUCUGCAGUUCUCUUUGGCACGCGCUUGUGCAACAUGGGAAAGAAUAUGAUAUCAAAUCAAAUUUUGCCGAAGACCUGUAUCACAGAUACGUCCGUGUCGUUAGACAAGCUUCAGAGACGCACCAUACUGUUUUACGCCAACUGGCUGUUGACUUCCGUGAAGCAUGCGUGAACUUCUACGGCGUCCACAACGAGGUCACAAUUAAGUCCACACUUCAACUCGCUGAGCUUGAUGAGCAUAGUGAGCAGUAUCGCGAGGAGGCCAUAUCCAUGUAUGAGGAUGCAGAUUCUAAGGCUCGUGAAGCUCCAAAGGGACAGAUCACCGAGAUGACUCUCCAAGCCGUACUUGCUGCCAAGAAGCGUCUGCCUCAUCUCUACUCCAUAUCUAAACUAUCCACGUCAACAGAAGCUAUUGCUUUAUACAAGCAGGAGUUGAGUAAGUUUCAUACGGAGAAAGGAUAUGCGCAUCGUUAUACACUUCUUUGGCUUGGACAUUUGACCAAGGCAUUGGCAGCGCAAGAUAAGCCGGAAGCGACCACUGAGGCCCAACAGACUCUUCAGGCUUCGGUUAUAGAAAUCCUCAAGACGGAGAAGAAUCCUCAGAUACUUUCAGACUCAGCAGCGACAUUUGCAACAAUAUAUAAGAAUACGGGAUUGGAAUCCGAUGCAAAGAGAUUGAUGAAACAACUUCGCUCACAAGCGGUAUUUGCUCAAUCCAACCUAAAAAUUGACCCCAAGAUCAAGCUCGAGAACCAUACCUGGGUUUUCUUGGUGUCUUUUGAGUCAACCAUCACCGGAAGAAAAGAGUUCUACUCGUCGAUGAUGGCUGACCUAUUCAUGGAAGUCUUUUUGCACCAAAUGUACCAGCGAUCGAUCGCACAGAAGAUGUUCUUCACAACUGUCCUCUCAUAUGCCUCAAGGCUCCUCGCUUUCUUGAAAGACAUAGAAGACGACGCUGGACUUGAGAUUGCCGAUGAAUCAGUUCUGGAAUACUUUGCAGCCAACCUAGAAGUCAAGAAAAACUUGGAUAGCCACAUUCUCCGCGAGUUCCUGCACAUUGUGCUUGUCAACCUCAAUGAUGGCGAAGCCGGAAUCUCCAUAUUACAAGCAGGUCUUGAUGCAACAAGUGCUUACAUGGGCAAAAGCAAAUUUGCAGAGGCACAAGAACUUGCUGAAUAUGUCGACUUCUUCCAGAAGUUCUAUGGGGGCUACGACACUCUGCCCAAGGUAGAAAUGGGUCUACGAUUAGCCCUAGUCUUGGUUGGUACUAAAAAUAAGCUAAAGAACGAUCCUCAGCUUCUUGCCUCGUCGGUGGCUUUGUCUAGAUCUAUCAUGAAACAAAUCGUUAAGCGAUUCCGCAGCGGCAAGCUCCAAAUUGUGGAUUUACCAAUUGAACAGCUCAACACUGCAUGUGGCUUGCUUGGAGAAACACAAGAUUUAGAAUCACUCGAGGUAAGCAUCAUCUCCUUCUUUCCCUGUCUGUAUGCUAACAUCAAUCACAGUGGCUUCUUACCCAACUAUGGAACUCCCGCCACUCACAACCGUCCUGGUCCUCUUCGACAAUCGUUCACAUAGGUCGUCUUCUUGUCGAAACACAAUUCUCCAGCAACCACCAAGAACAAGCCAUUCAUCUCCUCGAAGACAUGUGCUACAACGUCCGUCGUGUCUGGGGAGCACUCGAUUCCACUACCCUCGAAAUGCAAAACCUAUUAUCGACAUUCUAUACCUCUUCUACAAACCCUAAUCUCACAAAAGCAAUGCGUAUCCAUGAAGACAUUCUUCGCAAUACCGUCUCUGAUGCUGGAGAUGAAUUGCCCAGUAAUGAAGUAUGCGUUAUAGCUAUUGCGCAACUCGAGUUAUUGAAGAGGGUUUACUGGAGAAAAGGAACGUGGGAUAAAGAUGUGAGUGUCUAUGUGGAUCUUUGGAGACAAAUAGAGCAAGAAUUUGAGGAUGAACAUGCCUGGAAAGAGGCAUCAAAGGCGCUUAAAGGUGUCGAUAAGUGGAGUGUUAAGAAGAGUGAGAAAGGGGAGAAAGAUGAUGAGCUUGGGAUCUGGAAGAGGCCGGAAAGUUUUGAAUUCAUGACAGCACAAGAGGGAACGAGACAGCAUUCGAAUAAUCUGAGGAAGACUAGUAGUAUGUGGGGAUUCUCGGGCUAUAUUCAUAAUCAUGAGAGAGAAAGACAAGAUGUUUGACUUGAGCAUGGAGGAGAUGGGGGUAUAAUGACGAGAAAGGCGCGGAAGGAAAAGAUGAGGGGUUUUAAUGAUUCGCUCUUUGGUCUCUUUGGGUGUCUCUUUUGUUUUUGUGUAUAACUGAUUCCUGUUGAGUCUUGUUACUCAGUUUGUUUUAGUAUAUGAUGGUUUGAGAUGAGUAACGGCAUUAAAAUAUUUCACCUAGC